GGGGAACAGGGCAGGCCCACCGCCGAUGACGGUGAUGGCUGAUGGUGGUGAAGAGGGAACAAUUCAAUAAACCCCACCAACUGUUACAUUUGGGGACACAAGGGGAAACACAGGCAUACUGACGAUGGUGUUCACGGUGCUGCUAGCCCACUUUUGUGAUAUACACGGCCCAAGAUCCAUUCUCUCUACACAGCAAACCACUGAAUUGCCCGAACAGUACGUGCUUCCAGAGUUCUCCAAGGAGUCGUACUGCACGUCUUGUCUGUUGAUGCUGCCAAAGCAUGUGGUUGAUCCGAAUAACCCAACCACGACACUGCAGACUGAACUGAAUAACAACGUCUACACAACUACGCAGUACAAUGCGGUAAGGUUUAGGGUAUUGAACAGUGUUGUGAGGAAGUGCCUGUCGGAAGAGACACCGGUGUACGAUGCAAGGCCAAUGUUCUUCGGAGACGAGUCCAGAGGUUACUCGAUAGCGUUGAGCUUCAAGCUCAAGGACCUUGAAGCACGUGGUUCCGAGAGAAGGUAUGCCUACAUAGUGAACUGUAAGAAUGAGAAGAAACUGUUGGACAACUGGGGAGUGAUUGUGGAAACAAUCACCGUGAUGAUCGAAUACCUCACAAAGAAGAGUUACGAGUACGAAAUGGUCAACUCUACGAAUAACGAGAUCUUCCUAAGAGGUAAGAACAUGCAGUCGAGGAGUAUGACUGAGCUUCUAGGUGAUGAUGAGGUGUUUGUAAAGAUGCACCUCUGGAAUGCCAAACUCUUGGAAAGUCUGUCCUCAUGAUCUAUGGAGCAUAUACAACUCAUCUAGUAGUCCUUCUCACUUGUCACUAGCUACACGGAAAUGAACUGUUCAUUCAUUUCAGCUCAGCUUUACACUAACAUGAUCAAGUAAGAGCUGAUUAUGAUGUGAAAGCACGGCUACUACAACAUUUAAUCUGGUUGUAAUACAGCACCUUGCAAUUUUAUUGAAGACGAUGUCUAAACAGAUGAAAAUAGCUGUGCUUAUCUCAAAGAGUGAUAUUUCAUCCGAUACCUACCUAUGUGCUAACUCAUUGGAAACGAAUCACAAUUUACCUCAGCAUGAUAAUAGUUCUAAUCUGCGUGUCCCAAUAGGUGCUACAAACCUCGUCAGCCCAGGCGACAGACACGCUGUGAAAUGAAUAGAAUAUCUUCUACUUGGAAGACAAUAAGCAAAUGAUAUAUG